GAUUAUAAUCCAUUUGCCGAGUGCCAGUUCAGUUCAGUUCAGUUCCUUCCCUUCUCUCUCGGCGCUCGCUCGCUCGCUUACUCAUUGACUCUUUCUCUGGGGGAUACGAUCCUGCAAAUUGAAAAUCAAAACAGCCAUGGCCGCCGCCGCCACCGGGCCGCCACAGCAGAGCCUCUCAUUCUCUACGGUACAACAACUCCAGAGUUUGCCCCACCUCUCUGACUACCUCGAAAACCCCAAAACCCUAACCAACCCACUGGACCAUAACCAGUUCUUCCACCCCCCCGACGCCGACGGCUUCUACCUAACCCCGUCGGACGUGGUCCUCCGCCAGAUCGUCUACGAUCUCUCCUCCUCCUCCGACGAGGACAACACCGCACCUUCUCACCACCAAAGCUACCACAGAGCUGGACCACGAAAGCAGAUAUUCUUCGACCCAGAUCACGUGCGAGCCGCCAUCGUCACGUGCGGGGGACUCUGCCCUGGUCUUAACACCGUGAUUAGGGAGCUGGUGGUUGGUCUGUGGGACCUUUACGGCGUGCGGGAGAUCUUCGGGGUGAAAUCAGGGUACCGAGGGUUCUACUCGGGAGGCGAACCGGUACCUCUGAAUCCGAAGCUGGUCCAUAACUGGCACAAGAGAGGUGGGACUGCUCUUGAGACCUCCAGAGGUGGCUUUGAUCUUGAUAAGAUCGUCAACGCCAUCCAACAUCGUGGCUUUAAUCAGAUUUACAUCAUAGGUGGUGAUGGCACAAUGCGUGGGGCUGUGAAGAUAUUCGAUGAGAUUCGUCGACGAAAACUGAAUGUUGGAGUUGUUGGAAUUCCCAAAACCGUUGACAACGAUAUUGGCAUCAUUGACAAAUCCUUUGGAUUUCAGACUGCAGUGGAAAUGGCACAGCAGGCAAUCAAUGCUGCUCAUGUUGAGGCCGAGAGUGCAGUUAAUGGUAUUGGCCUAGUAAAGUUAAUGGGUCGUAGCACGGGGCACAUUGCCCUCCAUGCAACCUUGAGCAGCCGGGAUGUGGAUUGCUGUUUGGUACCCGAAAAUAAUUUUUACUUGGAAGGAAAAGGAGGGCUCUUUGAAUUUCUCCAACAUAGACUAAAACAGAAUGGCCAUGCAGUACUUGUUGUCGCUGAGGGGGCCGGACAAGAUAUGAUACCAAGAACUGAUGCCCAGAAGGAAGAGAGGGAUGAAUCUGGAAACCUCGUGUUCUUAGAUGUUGGUGGGUGGUUGAAGUUGGAGCUUAAGAAGUGGUGGGAUAGGGAUCACCCGGAUGAAUUAUUCACAGUGAAGUACAUAGAUCCGACAUAUAUGAUCCGUGCAGUCCAUGCAAAUGCCACGGACAAUUUAUACUGUACUUUGCUGGCACACUCGGCAAUUCAUGGGAUAAUGGCAGGGUACACUGGAUUUGUCCCAGGUCCCAUUAAUGGCAACUAUGCAUAUAUUCCAGUGGAAGAGGUUUCACAGGCUAAAAAUCCAGUGAACACAAGAGACCAUAAGUGGGCAUGGGUAAGAUCUGUCACCAACCAGCCUGAUUUUUCUACGAGCCAAGGUCUUUGAAUUUCUGGACAUAUAAUAAUUGAAGCUUAUGUCCGUAUUUUGUAUGGCAAUGUCGUGCCAAUAUGUCGGGUCUUCUGGUUGAUUUUUGUAAUUAGCUUCUCAAUGACUAGGAACUUUUGGAUUUUUGUCUCUUAAUCAAAUCUGCGAUUGAGAUUUAUGCAGACUAAGAACUGUGGUUGAUUGAGUGAUAUAUGCAAUUGACCUUCAAAAGAAAAGAAAAGAAAGAAAAGAAAAAUGGCAUUGCUUGGAUAA